UGUGGAACAUUUGCAAUAUUGUUUUUCACUUAAAAUAUGCAUCCUGUCAAAUAAUUUCAUUACGAAUAUUGAUUCACUUGUGUGUUGUCGUCAUUUAGUUGAACUGGAUCUCCAUGGAAAUCAGAUUUGUCCUUCUGAGUUUUAUGUACUGGACAUGAGACAGAACGAACCACAAAAAGGAAAAUACUGCAGUCCUCUUUAGAAGAACCUAACCCCAAAUUCCCAGUCUAAUGUGUGAUUUGCAGUAACUUCAGGUUUGUCAGAUGUGUAAAAAGGUGGCGUUGUAAUGAAUCACUCAAAAGAGCGCAUUAUCUUUCGUAGUUACAGUGAGUAACAUCAGAGUUACAUGUUUAGUAUGGUCAUCGUGCAGUGAUGGAGGCCAGAUUCAGCCCUAGCCCUUGUCUAGUCAGUAAAUUUGCUUCUGUUUAUUCCAAUACUGAUCUGGCUGUAUGUGAUGUUUUAUAAUCUUAGGUGUUUAAAAAACACAUUUUUCUGAAGGAUGAAUUUUCAUCAUUAUUUCAGAUACAGCAUCUACCAGGCCCAGUGUUUUGGGAAGGCAUGAAGGAAUUAAAUCUACUGUAUCUUCAUGAUAAUGGAAUUGGAAAACUGGAUGAUGUGCAUGCAUUAUCUUGCUGUCCUAAUCUGAUAGGCCUCACCUUGUUUGACACUCCACUGAGCCUGAAAAUAGCCUAUAGGCAUAGUGUUGUUAACUGCAUUGCCUCUCUCAAAGCAUUGGAUUACUACGUAAUUUCUGAUGAGGAAAUUGUUGAGGGAUGGAAACUUCCUGAAAAAUAUAAAUCGUUUUGCCAUUGUCUUUUCCUUGAUUUCUGCCCUGUUGCUAGAAAGGAAGGAAACGCUGAAGAGGCAUUAAGUCGGGUAAAAGAUGUCAUUUCAAAAAUCAAUCGUGUGUUAGCGCACCAUUCACCAAUCAUCAUUGUUCAAAGAUGGAUAAGGGGAUAUUUAACUAGAAAAAGACUUGGUAGAAUUCCUUUACAUGAAGUUCCACUGCAGACACAUUACAGAGAUGAAGAUAAACAAAUUUAUAGUCAAAGCACACCUUCAGUAUGUGGUAGUAAAACCUUUAUGUAUCACAUCAUUAAACCAGGACAGAACACUAAGGAUGGAAAGCAUUCAUCUGGGAAACAAAAAACAGAAAGCGGCGUGUCAUUUGCAGAGGGCAUGGACAUGCAUGUCACAGUUGAUCUGGCUAAAUUAUGCGACAGAGCUACAAAGGUCUUACAUAUGAAUGAUUUUAAAGAACUUCCUGGUUUAUGUCUCGGAAGAGAAAGACAGCCAGUUACGUCUACUUUGCCCAUAUUGCAAAAAGAAAGAGAAAAGAUUAAUGUCAAGCAAGAAGGAUCUCUGUGGAGGAAGGGUACCCUGAAAAUGGAAAACACUGAUAUGGAGAAACAAACAGCAAUGAAAUUUAGCCCUUCUACUUCUAAAAAACCUUUUCAUUCAGCUGAUAAGUUGACAUUUCAAGAUAAACCAGCCACCUGGUGCCAUCUACAACAAUGUAAUUUUCACAGUCAUUCUGUUCUGCAACGUAACGCCAGACACCAUCCAGUCAGCUUAGAAAAGAGGGUUUUUCCUAGAAUGUGUGGAUCUGUAAGUUUUGGCGCAUUUUAUGUUAUUGAUAAAUUCUACUCAGAGAAUGAACAACAUGAUAGCCAAGCUCAAAAGCUGCGUAAGGUUACACAAAUGCAAAUUGCCAAAGAGAAAGGGAGCCAUUAUAUUCAAGAGUUUCUAGAAGAGAAACAGCAAAGAAUUCUGAAAAAAUGUGAAGAAGAAGGCCUGAGAACUGCAAAAGCUUUACAACAGCAUCAAAAGAAAAGAUCAAGAUUUAUUGAAAACGUGAGGCAAAGGCAUACUCAGUUCUUAGAAAGCAAGAGACAAAAAGCAUUUGAGUAUUCAUUAGGUCAAGACUUCAAUGCUCGACAUACUGCUUUGACACAGGGUUUGUUAAAACUUGACAGAUGGAAGAAACUUGAUGAUGGCAUAAAGGAAAGACAAAGAACUGUUGAGGAAAGUAGAGAACAAAUGAAGAAAUAUAAGCAGCUGAUUAAAAAUUUUCAGGAUCAGAGGCAGUUGAGGAUACAGAAAGAGAACUUGGCAGAAAAAACAAUCGUGACCUCUGUUGUUUCACAGAAGACUAAUGAGAGAUUGCAGGAAGCAAGGGCCAAUGUUGAAGGAGUGAAGGAGCAUCGAACCAAAAUUGAAUGUCUAUACAAGGCAUCUGUGAUGCCGGUACAAGACACACAAAUUGACUCUGAUGCCUCAAAUGUUAAAUAGUCACACUGAGACUAUUUAUGAGAAUGCAAAAGUUUGGUGUCGCUUCUACAGUUUGAACUGAGCUCUCAUAUAGACACAAUGAAAAGAGAUAAUACUUCUCAAAGACACGCGUUAUUAGAAAUUGUGAAACUGUGGUAUUAUACCUCCUUUUCAUAUUUGCCCAAUUAAAAAAAUUAAAUAUUGUUAGCCACCACACUGUAGUCUCUGAUUUUGCUCAGAUUUUUCUUUAUUUCCAGGAAAAUAAAUAACUGGUAUUUCAGAC